AUGAUCCAGAUCACUUCCCAUCUUAACCCAUUACUGAUCAGCAGGCUGGUGGAGGGUAUCCGGGAAGGAUGCUUUAGAUGGACAGUAGGCCACCCUGUAUUCAGAAACGAUGAAUUCGCAUUAUUACUGAUGACGAAACUGGCCAAUGACUUGCCUCAUAUAGUUCACCAAAACGACAGGACAUCUGGUGAAUGUUUUCUAUAUUGGGUUUCCCUGUCAAAUAAUGAUUUGUUGUUCAAAAGGUCACUCUUACUAAUAAGUAAGAAUGGAAAUCUUUCACCUGAAAGUGUGAUAGACCUGAAUGACAGUGCCAUAGGUUGCGUGAAGGCUGGCAUUGUGAGGAACCUGCAACACAUUGUUGUGGUGCUAAAGAAGCAUGGGGAAUUUGAUGUAGACAGAAAGAUUCAGACAAACAAAACACAGCUCAUCAUUGCUGCAGAGGCUGGACACUUGGAUGUGUUCAACUUUCUAUUGCAAGAAGGAGCAAAUGUUUCAAUGAGGGACAGGGAAGGAAACAACUGCCUUCAUCAUGCAUGUCAAUGUGGAAACAAAGAUAUUGUCGAAGUUGUUGUUGAGAAGUUUCCAGGUAUGACUGAUGAUCCUGAUAGACUGGGAAACACAUCUGCAAUGUUGUGUGUGAUGUCAGGACACAAAGAGAUCCUCAAGGUCCUGGUGUCACACGGUGCUGAUCUGAAAGGGCGAGGUUAUAGGUAUUUACAUAAGGCAUGUGCAAGAGGUCAUAUAUCAAUCGUCAGAUAUUUGUUGUCUUAUGAAGAUAUCAACAUUAAUGAAAGAACAAUAUAUGAAGAGACACCAGUCAUGAUGGCAGCUGAAGCCGGACACUCUGAUGUUUAUCACCUUCUUGUGUCAGAGGGAGCUGAUCUCUCACUUACUGAUUACAUGGACGGAGACUGUCUGAUGUUGGCAUGUGAGGGAGGUAACAUGUCUAUAGUUAAGCACCUCCUGUCCUUGAAAACAUUCAACAUCAACAGGAGAGAUAGUUCGGAGAGUACACCAGUCAUGAUGGCAGCUGAAGCCGGACAUUCUGAUGUUUAUCACCUUCUUGUGUCAGAGGGAGCCGAUCUGUCAUUUACUGAUUACAUGGACAGAGACUGUCUGAUGUUGGCAUGUGAGGGAGGUAACAUGUCUAUUGUUAAGCACCUCCUGUCCUUGAAAACAUUCAACAUCAACAGGAGAGAUAGCUUUGGGAGUACACCUCUCAUGAUUGCAGCUGAAGCCGAACACUCUGAUGUUUAUGACCUUCUUGUGUCAGAGGGAGCUGAUCUCUCACUUACUGAUGACAGGGACAGAGACUGUCUGAUGUUGGCAUGUGAGAGAGGUGACAUGUCUAUAGUUAAGCACCUCCUGUCCUUGAAAACAUUCAACAUCAACAGGAGAGAUAGCUUUGGGAGUACACCUCUCAUGAUUGCAGCUGAAGCCGGACACUCUGAUGUUUAUGACCUUCUUGUGUCAGAGGGAGCUGAUCUCUCACUUACUGAUGACAGGGACAGAGACUGUCUGAUGUUGGCAUGUGGGAGAGGUGACAUGUCUAUAGUUAAGCACCUCCUGUCCUUGAAAACAUUCAACAUCAACAGGAGAGAUAGCUUUGGGAGUACACCUCUCAUGAUGGCAGCUGAAGCCGAACACUCUGAUGUUUAUGACCUUCUUGUGUCAGAGGGAGCUGAUCUCUCACUUACUGAUGACUGAUGACAGGGACAGAGACUGUCUGAUGUUGGCAUGUGAGAGAGGUGACAUGUCUAUAGUUAAGCACCUCCUGUCCUUGAAAACAUUCAACAUCAACAGGAGAGAUAGCUUUGGGAAUACACCUCUCAUGAUUGCAGCUGAAGCCGAACACUCUGAUGUUUAUCACCUUCUUGUGUCAGAGGGAGCUGAUCUACCUGUAAUGGAGAUCACCUACGUGUAUAAAAGAACCUCUAAGCAUUGAAAAUGUUUGACAUAAAGAUGGGGAAUUGAGAAUGAAAUGUCAGGUAUGGUUGCAGAAAACCUACUGAUCUGUAUGUUCUCUAGACUUUAACCUUAUAUCUUUUAACUUAUCCUGCAUUACUACUUAAUGCAAUACCUGCUUACAUUUGACAGAAGUGAAGCUGUGUGUGUGGUCCAGCCAAAGAGAAAAAGUUGUUCCAACCAACCUGAUGCAGGACCAAAGCGCAGUACCCUGGUGGCCCCGGACGCGAUGAUGUCAAACAACUGCACAUUACUGCUUGUCACAGGACAGACAUGUUGCUUCAGUAAAUCGUCCAGUGUGAUCUUUUGUCUUUGGUGCCUUCUUGUUGUUCCAAUCCACCAUUUUGACUUUCUUUACGUGUUUUCGUGGCAUAUGUCUCUCAGUGUGGCUUGGUAUUGUUACAUGUUAAAUUCAUUUAGGCUCAAAUACCGUGUUUUACACUUUCUUAUUGUACUGUUUAAUCUAUAUUACACUUUGUGUUUAUUCCAUUAACUUGGAUAAUCUCGGAUCAUUCUGUCUUCAGGUUCAAUUUAUGAUUGCUCAUGGUAUCAGUUGCCUUGGUAAAGAAUCUUUAACACAUCCUCACCCACAUUGCCUUAAGUAUGCGCAUAUUUGUACUAUUGAUUUGAUGUGUGAUUUCGGUACGCCCUUUCAAGCUUUCACAGGUAUCAGGAGGUCUCAUGUCUUGCUCAGCAGGCCCAGUGGCAUUCCAGGAGAUUGUCAGAAGGUGAUCUGUUCUCAAUAUCUUGUAUGGCCACCAUUAGAGUCUAGAACUGACUGGUAUCAUCUUCCCAUGGAAACAAUCAGAUCCCGAAUUGUGGCCUGGGGAAUGUUCACAUGCAAAU